UUGUACUCCAACAGAAACACAAUCACCAUCUCCCAGGCGUAGUCGUUGCAAUAGCCUUCCGACUCCUUACGAUUCAACUUGCUCAAAAAUAGUUAGAAUCGUAAGGCUGUCCAAAUCGGAAGAUUCAAGAGACAGCCAUACGCACUGCCGGACAACGACAAAAAGAAUAAGGUCUCCAAAAGACUUUUUAAAAGAAAUUCAGCAUCAUCGACGUGAAGCUCUUAAAUUAACAUCCAACUUGAAGAAAGUAAAUGACAGCCCAACAACAACAGACGAAAUAACAAAGCCAGUAAAAAAGCCAAUCCACGACAUUACCAGCAGCCUGCCAGCCAGCCGAGACCAAAAGGUGACAGCCUUAGUUCAUGUAUCCGAUACUCGUGCCACCCCUCGUGCAGAGGUUACAACUUCUAUCGCAAUUAAAGAACACAAAACAAGAACUUCUAGAAGUCAUAAAGAAACUAAAAGCAAAGACAAGAGAGAUCUGGACUAUUCCGACACUGAACCAAAGCGACCAGUCUUGAAACCAACACAAUCUCAAAAAAGAACAUCAAGAGUAGAUUUGACACAUAAAACUGAAGAUAAUGCAGGACGUAGACCCACAGUUCAAGAAGAACCAAAAGAAAAACAGCUCGCAGUAAGGGGAUUACCUAGCCGUGGAGUGCGAAGAAAACCAGUUGAAACGGUUACGUCAUGUCACGGACCACCGGAAGGCGUGGUAUCAACGAGAGCAAGUCGUCAAAGAGAUAGAACCCCAGCACAAAACGAACCAACACCCAGGGCUCCACCAGAAACACCUGUACCUCUAAAUGAGGAAUUAGGUAGAACCCAAGGUCAAAGGUCAGUUAGUGACAGAACCUUAUUACAGAGAAGAAACAUAGAAAAAUACGCAAAAGAAAAGAGUCCUUUGUUGACAGAAAUUUCGAAAGGUGUACCAGUGCGAGCUGAUCAGACCACCUCACCCGUGCAACCAAGAAAUCCCUCAAAAGCACCUUCAAUCCAAAGCUCUUCUAUGCCUUACAAUGCGUCGUCAGAGAGGCAUCAAGCGCAUAGAGAUCUUGACGAAGAUCUCUACACCAUGCGUGCAGUCUCUUUAAAUUCAGCGAUAUCUACUGACUUACAAUCAUCAAAAACCGGUGCCAUACGUAAAACUCCAAAAACUCAAGUUCCUAGUCGACGUGAUCUGCAGAGACAAAGAAGUCAUUCAGAAAACAGAGAUCUAGAGAGAUAUCCUCUGACACGAGUAACAGAACAUGGAGGUACAAGAGUUAGGAGGAAUUUAGAAAACUCGGAAGUCCGUAGAAAACAGAUAGGAGAAUAUUCAAAAUUUACGAGGGACGCACCUAAACCAGGUGAUUUAUUCUUCAAUUUCCUUCUACGUGUAACAACAAUAGUUGGCUCUAAAAUAAAAAAAUAUAAAUUAAAAAAGCAAAAGGUCUCUUGGACCAAAAUAUUGGAACACUUAAAAACUACAUCUGAGGAUGAGGGUCAUUUAAAAAAAUUGGAAAAUAAUAAGUUUUUAGCUUAUUAUUAUCCAGCAUAUUACGAUUAUUUGCCGCCGACGGUAAAAAUCGACCCUUUUCACGAAUUUCCGAACCUCAUAUAUAUAAACGACGCAUUUUUCGGUAAUGCCUGUCUGACGGAAAAUAAUAAUUCCGUUGGAUCUUUUCCUUAUCGCCUAAAACCAACAAUGAGCCAACCAUACUUUCAUCUCCCAGGUGUAACAACUGAAGCUCAAACUUUGUUCACGAAGUAUCAGGAAGUGGAAUCGCCAGAACUAGGCAAUGACAACGCCCGCAACAAACAAUCUCAGUCGCGAGAACACAGAGAAAGUCAAUUAGUACAAUUAAACAAACAGUUUGUUGCUUGCAAACUUGAAUCCAUUGAACCAUCACCAGACUUUGAUGAUCCAUCUCAUCGAUCGUUCAGACAACCGCCACAGGAGCAUACUCGUCGACGUAGUGUCGCUAGUGAGAGUCCACCGCCGACAGAAGAUCGUCGUGGAGCCAGCCUCAGUCCGCAGAGAAGAACAGUAUUAGACCCAGAGUGGCAGCUGCCGUGUAGCCCGCGCGACUCGCCGCCCUCCCCCGCGCCCCCCAGCGCCACCACCACUCCACCGCGACUGCUACCAGACUCGAGUCCCACCAGACCUGCUCCAGAAAGUAAUAUGAACGCUCUCGAUGAUCAUGAACGAAAGAUCAUCAUUGAAUUUUGUCAUCUCUUGGAGAAAUCAAAACAACUCUUUAAUGGUCUAAGGGAGCUUCCCCAAUAUGGCCACAAACAAUGGCACUCGUAUUUCGGCAGAACGUUCGAUGUGUAUACCAAGCUGUGGAAAUUCCAACAGCAGCAUCGAACUGUUCUCGAUAACAAAUACGGUUUAAAACGCUGGCAAAUCGGAGAAAUUGCCUCUAAAAUUGGACAGCUCUAUUAUCACUUUUACCUGAGAACGAGUGAAACAGCUUACCUUAACGAAGCAUACUCUUUUUACUAUGCUAUCAGAGGCAGGAGCUAUUACACUAAAGCAAGCAAGGAGGAUAAGUGCGAACUAAUGGUGAAAAAGUUGCGUUAUUACGCAAGAUUCAUCGUAGUUUGCUUGUUACUGAAAAAGCUAAAACUUGUCUCUGAGUUGAUAAGAGAGCUUGAUAAACAAAUCGUAGAAUAUGGGAAUGCUUAUGACCCAGAGGAUCAAGCUGAAUGGACGGUCGUUGUUAACGAAGUAAAGGCUUUUAUCAAAGCCGAGCCCGUGGUGUCUGUCGUACACCCCGACAACUAUUCAGUAAUACUGUCGCACCGUUUGAACGUCCAGUCGACGCCGCCGGUGGACCGCUUGUCCCACAUGGUGCUCUCUCUGCAAGAGGUCCUGAUCGUAGGCAGCAACUCAGCUCAAGUCAAGUUCUCCGAGCUCACCAUGGACAUGUUCCGGAUGAUGCAGACCCUCGAGCGGGAGCCGACUGGGGACAUCCAGCACAUGUUCGAAGAGUCGCCGCGCCAGCAGUUCCUCCCCGGAGCCCUUAACAACAAAGGAUAUAGCAUUGACUGCACCUUGAAGUACGGUGAUAACCCCCACAAGUACUUGCUGUUCAAGCCUUCGCCUAGCCAGAUAUUCGUAUACCUGGCCAGCGGGUGCAACGACCUGCCGCCCAACGGCGUGAUCCUGCUCUACAUCUCUGCCGACGGCCUCAUUGUGCCUCAAGACCGUAAUCGCCACCCAGAAGAAGGUAAGUCCAAAUAUACAACUCCCGCAGGUCCAACAUUGCUUAAAAGUAAUAAAAAAACAGCAGAAGAAACAAUUGUGUUUUGUUCUGCAGCUGCAGCCGGUGGAUUUGAGGUCGGCGGACUUAUCACAACAUCGAGGAGCGACAUUACCUAUAGGGAAACCAUCAAAGACGGCAAAUCCAUUCCGCCAAAGAUCAAAGAGCAGCAGGUCCUGCAUCCCGGAGACUUGUACGCCUUCACCCGGCGUCCGAUGUUCUUGAUUAUAGACUCGGACAACUCUUACAUUUUCCAAAACAUGCCGCGGCACUUCGGGCAGCCGCUGGUGAUCCUCAUGUCGCCGGUCGAACUACCUCCCUCGCUGCACAUGAUUGCGCAUGAGAAGCGGGCUGAGGGCAGCAUGUUCACGCUGUUCCUGCACAGCCCACUGUCGGCCAUCUGCUUCUGCUGCGACAUCCGCAACAUCUCGCUCGUGCAGUGGGAGCGGGCGCAGUCUUACAUCGACACCUUCUUGGCGGAAGCUUCUCAGAUCCUAACGAGGACACGCGCUGACUUGAUGUACGUAGCAUUUAUGGGCGACGACUUCCUUCGCCUGCUGAUCCUGCGCUUCAUACUCUGCGAGACGUUCAUGCGCAUGCACCGCGCCUUCCGCUCGCGCAACCAUCUCACGCGCAGCUCUCCUCCGAUACCGGACGACAUCUUCGAACACCCAGCUCUGACACACAUCAUUAUGGAUUUAGCUAUUCACUUGCAGGUAAAACUAUAUUUACAGGUAGAUACAACAGUUAAUGACAAAUCUACGUAGGGUAAAGGAUCAAGAUUGCUUGUGCGAACUACGCAUUGCAUAUUUUGCUGUUUGCGAU